ACUACUCCCCCUCAUCCUUAUCAUCCGCAACCCAAAAACCUCUAUGAUAGUAACAAUGGGCGUCGUGUCUCAAAGGUCAUCAGCACCAUCAUCAACGUUGAAUCCUAACGCUCCGAUGUUCGUGCCGCUAGCGUAUCGGACGGUGGAGGACUUCUCGGACCAGUGGUGGGCCCUUGUACAGUCCUCCCCUUGGUUCCGCGACUACUGGCUGCAGGAGCGCUACCUCGAUCCCCAAUCCGACUCCUCCUUCCAUGAUAUUUUCGAUCCUGCCCUUCUGGAUCUCGACUCUCUCCUCGAGGACCUCGACUACGAGGAGAUCGUCAAGAAUGAGAAAGUAGAGGAGAAGGAGGAUCUGCGGCGGGAUCUGGUGAAGAUCGGAUCGGAGAAGUGGCGGAAGGGACGGAUCGUGGCGGAGGUUCCGAGGUUUGCAGAGAAGGCACCGAAGAUCGUGAACAUGAAGGUGGUUAGCCCAAGGAUGAUCCAGCAGCCCAGGUGAAUGAGAGAUUUCUUUAUCCGGCUGAGUUCGUUCGAAUUCGAGUUCGAGGUCGAGCACGAGGCUCAGAGAUGGAAGUGUUUAUGUACAUACAAGUUAGAACUGACUUUUAUCUUAUUUCCAUUACUGUACUUGAGUUGUGUUCAUGUCUAAUGUUUGCUUUAUUAUUCAAGUAAAUCAAAGAAGAGUAAGAAAGAUAAACUAUUGUUGUAUUUUUUGGAUGAUUUUUAGUGGUAGAUUAUAUGUA